UUUAAACAAUAUGUUUUGAAGAUGGUUGCUCUUGCAGGGUUUUUUCUGUUCGCUACUUUUAGUUUUACGUUUUCAGCCCCAUUAGACAAGAGAUUGCAGGCCUUAACAGACACAUUGUCAGCCAUCGAACGCCUGGUUCGCUAUUACAAGUCAACUUACCGUGAGCUGAACAUAGAUGGUCUCUUUGGCCUCCGAGUUUUAGAAGGUCAAUUUGAUGAUUUGUUGGAGGAAUUUAAUACAGUUGGUAAUGGUGACCUUUCAAAUGAUGUCUCCACUAGAAUACGCUACCUCAAACUGGAGGCCACAAACAUCAGUGAGACUGCAGUGGAAUUUGUUAAGAAAGGCGACGAGGAGUACUACAAGGACCUCCACUUUGUCGUUGGCCGUCCAUGGAAACUGUGGAAAAAUCAGCGGUUUCUAAACUUCAGCAGUCCCUGGGAUCAUAAUGUCUACCUGAGGAAUAAAGAGAAAUUGACAGAGUCGAAGUCUGACCGAUGCAUGUCCCAGCUUACUGGCAGUCUGGACAAGAAAAGUUCUGGGAAGUGUCAAAUCUCUGAAGACUGUGUCCAGCUAAUGACCAGCCGAGGACUGACCGGGUACGGAAUUACUCACCAGAUACUGUGGAGCAUGCUCUCGGAACAGGCUGGGUGUUUGACCGUCAUGAAUUCCCUAUUUAAGAAGUUGGGCAGUUCACUUGAGGACUUUCAGACAGAAUUUUGUACCAACAACUUUCUGGAGAUGAUCCAGACAGUUCACACUGUGCUCCAGGGAAAAAUUCCCCCCAGAUUUCAAGAUCUCUUCCUUGAGCAACAAUUCAUCUGCCCAAAUAUUGGCUUCCAUGAGUUUCUAUCCAGCACUUACCUAAGUGAAAUCUUGAAAUGGCAGAAGAAAAGUGGCUGCUAUGGCACUAUGCCAAGAAGUGGGAAUUCGGGGUCACAGGGUGACUUUGAGUAUGAUUAUGAAGAAAAGAAGGAAGACAAAGCUGUCCAGAUACCCAGCUCCAGGAACAUUAAGUUUAUCACACAAAAUCCUGACAAUAUAUCACGGGAAGGAGUGGUAGUGCAAAGAGGUCAAAAACUAGUACAGCAGCUACCUAUACAAGACAGUGUGAGACAGAAUAUGAAAUAUCCAACUACAAUUUCUCAAAGCUAUCAAGUGAAACCUCUACAGAGAGGUUUACUUUCAUACUCUGAUAGAAAGACAUUCAGAAGCAGGAGAUUGAUGGCAGAGAAAGCACUUUCAGGUGGCUGUUUGGCUCACAAGACAGCGGUGGCUGCAGGUGCUCUAAUAAUGUACCUCAGAUACCUUAUUUACCCGGGCCAAUCCAAUAUAUUCAACAACGAUGCCUUCAUUAAAUCAAAAGUGUCUGCCAUCAAACCUCUGACUAAUAAUGAAGAUGUAGCAUAUGCAUUAGCCAUGGGCCAGUCUCUGAAUGAAAUGCCAAAAAACGCUGGUGGAAAUUCUGUCAGUAAAAUGGGGGAUCAGUCAAUCAUAGCAAAUCGAACCUUGCUUAAAAAAGAUUACAGUCAUCCACUGAAUAAUAAUGUCCUGGCAGCCCAGCUUUAUGGUAAAAAUGACAAAGAUGAAUAUUAUUCAAAUCAGAAAUUGAAAGAAGAUUACUACGAGGAUAAAAAUGAAGCUCCAGAAUAUCCUAAACAUGAUCAGAACAAGCUCAACUCAGGACACAAACUGGUGCAUUUUGACAACAGGAAGCAGGAUAAUGGGAAUUAUGUGGACGAAGAUUACAAAGACGAUGGUUACAAUGAUAAAGAUGAGGAGAGAGAGGAGGAGGAUAAGAAUGAUGAUAGAGAUUACCCAUACUAUGACAACAACCAAAGAAAACAGCGGGAGGAGGCAGACCGUAUUGAGAGAGAGGAUAAAGAUCAGUACCUUGUCAAACAGGACCAAGGAGAAAUCCAGAAUCCUGCGGGGGGCAUCGAGAGUCAGAAGCCUGUACCCGCCACCAGGACAGAGGGACCAUCUCUGAGGUCGGUGAUUCUGGGCUUUAGCAUCGUUUUCUGUGUAUUAUUAUUUUUUGUUUAUCGAUUUAUCAGAACUAGACGUGUACAUAUACGGUACAAGCUAAGAUCUUUAAUGAGGCUGUAGAAUGUGGUAUAAAAUGUGGUGACUGAAUGAUGUUAUAAGAUCUUUAAUGAGGCUAUAGAAUGUGGUAUAAAAUGUGGUGACUGAAUGAUGUUGUAUGAGGUCAGGGUCAAUUAAAUGAUAGGGUCUAGAUUUUGUGCAUGUAUGCAAUUUUGCUAAGUUAUUCUUGCCAACAAUUGUUUUCAUCUAAUACAGUUUAUUUAUUGACAAUAUAGUUUACAUGUAUUUGUUGAAAUUUUACUUGCAUUGUGUAAGCAGUGCAUAAUGUUUGUUGACAUGAUAAAAGCACAGGGUUCAAAAAUGUUUUAAUUUGAGUGUAAAUUUUUGUGAAAUUAUCUGUCUAUGUAUCUCCACAUUAAGUCUUCCACUUUUCAUGAAAUGUACAAAUGAUGACUUAUAAUUUUUCACUGUUGUAAUUGAAACUUUGAAAGAGUGAAAGAGACAAUAGAAUAUCUGAAACAAGAUCAUUAUGUAGAGAGACCUUGUAUCUAGCAGACGGUGUGUCCCAAAAUACAAAUUAUAAUUAUUACCGGUAAUUCAGUAUUUUCAAUUUUCAUGUGCAUGUGUUUAAAAUUUGACUUGCAAUAUAUUGCAUGCAAAAAUUAGCUUUGUCUCUAAUAGGAUCAUAAACUUAAACAUUGAUGUACUUACUUUCCAUCGCCAUGACAUUUCCUUUGUACAUGUAAUGUUACUUCUUGGUUUUUGUAGAUUUCUUUGUGUCCGGACUGAAACUUUUGUAUUGUGUAAUCAGAAAAGGACAUAAAAACACCUCAUAAUUGGGAAAGUGAUAUUUCAGGCCAUUCUAAUACUUUCAAUUUCCACCAAUGUAUAUGUGUAUGAGAAAGUGUUUUGAAAAAAAAAGUGCUGCAUGGAUUACAGUCAGAUUUUUACAAAUGAUAGAGUGUUUUUACUUUCAAAAGUAGAUUAAAUUUUGGGAGUGAUCUGUGCAUGUGAACAGAUUUUUAGGGGUCAUACAGGGCUGAAAUAAGGCUCCAUUCACCUUAAUUUUUAGGGGCCCUAUAGGGCUGAAGUAAGGCCCCAUUCCCCUUGAUUUUUUAGAGGCCCUAUAGGGCUGAAACAAGACUCCCAUUCUCCACUGGAAAUUCCACACGUUAUCCCCAGAGGAAAUUCCCACUACAAAGCUGUGUCAGGAUACAGAAUUUUUUGUGUCAACUCUUUAUUAAAUUUUUCAUUAUGUAGGAGAGGACAUUCAUAUUUAGUAGAGGAAAUUCAUAUUUAGUAGAGGAAAUUUAUAUUUAGUAGAGGAGAUUCAUUGAAAUAAUUAUACUUUUACUCAUUACCACUAUCGGAGAGUAAAAAAUAAACUAGGAUAAAAUCAAAGGCAAUCAAUCACAUUGGGUCUUUUUCUUAUGCCUCCAUAAUUGGAGAUUCUAGGGCACAUAGUUUUCUGUUUGUCUGCAAAAACUUUAGCCUUGGCUAUUUUUUAAUAGAUGGUGAUAGGGCUGUCAUAUUUCACAUGUGCAUUCCUUGUGAUAAGACCUUUCUUAUGAGAAUUACUCUCCUUCCAUGGGGGGGGGGGGGGGGGGGGGGGGGGCAUGUCAGUGUUUCACAAACACAUCUUAUUAUAAAGAAACUUUUCCCAACCUGACAAAAUGAUGAUAAAAGUUUCCCAAUAAAAAAAGACCAGGCCCCUACUACUAUUCAGAUGUAAAAUAAAAAAAAAAACCCACUGCAGAUUUUAAUUUAUUGCCUUACUGGUGAGUAAGCUCCAUGAUGUAGAAUGCCUACACUGAUUAGGCAGGUUAAACAGUGUAGAAUAUGCUCGGUAUUAAUGUGUAUGUUGCACAUAGAAUUUGGGAGUAAUGAUGGAGGUUAGCAGCCUCUGACUAUGUUUUGGCUGAAGUAAACGUGAUAUUGUGUGUGUCUUUAAUGAAAGGAAGCUUGUUUGUUGCAUUGACAUUAAUAGAGGGCGGCACUGGCAGCUGUGUCCUUGGCUACAAUCUUGGUCUUACAUCAUAUUUUACUUUUAUGUUUGGUGCUUGUGUUGUGUCAUAAUCAACCAUCCUCGUUUACAUGUCCCAUCAACUUCCACAAGUUUCUCAUUUUGAGUGUUUAGUAUUUUUGUGUUCAGAUUUUAUUAUUCUCUUCCAUGAUGAAUCACAAGUUGUAAGAAAGGAGUUGUGAAUUGUUGCGAAAUUUUAAUUGUGAAAUCAAGGAAAAUUAUGUGUUCUUUUUGUUCAAUUUGUUUUCAUAAAAAGGUCUAGCUUUAAUUAAUGCAACUGACACUGCACUUUGAAAUCCUGCAAUAAAUAUGAGCAAUUCUUCCUCCUCCUCGUAAGAAAGCAACAACAGCAAAAAUUGCAGGAAAUGUCAUUUCUAAGCAGAUUGGAUGUGUGAAUAGCAGAAUGUAUUCUUUUGUGCCAUAACUAUAGAUUAUUGACAUAGUGUAUAUUCGAUUCAGUCAAUAGACAAUUGCUAUAUGUAUGUAUAGAGUUCAGUGAAACUGAUAAAAUUACUGAAAGAGUACAAGUAGAUUUCCUGUAUUUAUUACUUUGUGGGUAUCCUGUGAACAUUUAUUGCUGUAAGAAUUCAUGUAUUAGUUAUGCCCAAAGGGCCGUAUGUUAGCUAAUAGUAUAUAUUUGCAUGCCAGGUUUUGAAGUUUUUAUGCAUUAUUACACGUAUAUAUCAUUGUACUGCAAAUUGAAAUACACAACUGUUAUUUACAUUGUUACACUUGUAAACUUACCCAUAGUUAUCCAAUAUGGUACAUUCAUAAUAUUUAGUUGGUGUUAUGGCCAUCGUCAGACACCCACGGGUAAUCUCGUCUUUUACUCGAGUUAAAAACGAGAUCACACGUGGGUGUCCGACAAUGAGUUACGACUUAUUUGAAGUUAUCUCGCAGGCAUGUGAUUUUUUUAUGUGGCCGUCUUCAUGUUUGUUAGUACAAGGAUGUCUCUCGAUGCGUCUGUCUGUCCAUCAGUAUAGAUUUUUUUGUUCUGUUCAACCUUAUUCUUUCACGGAUUAAAUUGCAACUUGCUGUGUAUCUACUUUGUAGACCUACCCAACUCUUGUUGAAGUGUCCACAACUUUAUAAAAGUUAUGCCCCUUAGGACCAUGGAAAUACUUUUGAUUUAUUUUUGUGUCUCAAAAUUUUAUGAAUCAUUAAUUUGUUAUUAAAUCAUAAAAAAAAACAUUUUUAUGAAAAACGUUAUUCAAUAAACCUGUAAAAUUAUCAGCAAUUUAUCUACAUUAAAUACAACUUCAUUUUACGGUAUUGUUUGACAGGUAGCGUUUAUUGUUUGACACAGUGUUUGAGUUAUUAAAAAUGUGCGCAUGUGCAUAUUCCACGCAUUUUUGAUAUUCUUUAAGUUUUCAUGAAAAAUACAGGUUGCUGAACGUAAAACGUUUUUAGCGAUUUUUUGUAGUUAUAGAGGGGAUGGGAGGGAGGCCGGGUAAUACGGAGGAGAAGAAGCAGAGAAGGAAGAGUGAGGAGAGACAGAAAAGGGAUGGGAGGGGGGAGAAUCUCUAUCCCCCUCCCUCCCCAUUGAAAGGUGUACUGUGAGAGUCCCUAAGGAUCCAAGUCCUAUCACAGUUUUUAACUAGGCUGGUAUCAAUUGACACAGUUGAGCAGAAGUAUUGAAGAUGUGCAUAUUUUUUUGUGGAAUUUGACUUGAAUAUUGCAAGUUCUUGAGCUUAGUCCAUUUGUUGGUAAAAAAAAAAAAAAGAAGAAGUUUUAAUAUGGUAUAUCUAUGCGUCUUUGACAGAUGUAUCUAAAUUUAACGUAAUAAUACUUUUUAAACAAAACUUUAUGAUAGUUGAUAUUUAUCUUGAUAACCAGGAAUCGCAAAAAAUACCCAACUAAGUUUCGAGGAAUUUCACUUAAUUUUUAAAUUUUUUUUUUUUAAGAAUGGUGAUUUUAAAAUAGCGAUUUGCUUGAUUUGUUUGAUAGGACUUCUCUGUGUUGGCCUAAGCCAGGGAUUUGAGGUACUCUAUUCCCUAUAUAUUCUGUUAAGAGCGAUAUUUUUCAUUGGCGACAAAAUACACGGUUACAACGGCGCCGCGGCAAACCUAAGACGUUUAACACACGUAAUGACUUUCUUUGCUCAAUGCCCAGCAUUAAGGUAUUCAAUGUAUAACGAAAGAAAAUUAAAUAAUUUAAAUCAAAAUAAAUGUGUAUUGUGAAAUAAUGAUGAAAAUGAAAUAAUUCAAGUUCACAUGACUGAUAGAUUAUUUGAAGCCGACCUUUUUGCAUUUGAAAAUUUUUGGAAGAGUUACCCAUCCUUGAUAAAAAUUGGGGGGGGGGUGUCUAAAUUUUCUUAAAAUAAUUGCGAUAAAUGAUUAAUUUUAUAAAGAGUAAGUUUAUGUGACUUUUUAUGAAAAUACAAUUUCUUAUAAAAAAUAUUUCAAUUAAACAUGCUCUUCCCAUAUACUUCAAUGUAAAAUUCAAGGUGAAAUGAAUUAUGGUGAGUCAUUUUCAUUUCACUCUUCCCUUCUUCGAAAUGCAGCCAUGAUUACCAAAACCAUAGUUACCAUUCAUAUAUUAGAAACGAAAUAUGUUCAUUUUACAUUGAAUACCUUAAAAAUGAAAAUCGGAUGUUUUUUGUUUAUUUUUAUUUGAAUCGACCUAAAACGGAGGGGACCUCGCGAUAUUGCCUCGUCAUGAUAGAUUUUUGCACGAUAAAGAACCCUCACUGGUCUGGAUUGCCAUGUGCUGGUCACAAAUCGUGACACUUCACCUACAGCUGGUGACUCUCUACCAAUCUCGCGAGAUUCAUCGAGGCUGGAGAAAGGCGUCGGUCCAUAUAUCCAUUCUCGACGAAUCUGGCUGACAUACAUGUCUUUACAUGAGUGAGAAAUUCUCUAAUGGAACGAGUAAAACAAUCUACAAAUACACUGAGCUUUAAAAUUAAAAUGGGAAGAGGUGUGAACGACGUAAUGUACUGUAAAUGUGAUGACGUGGUAGCAAAUUAUAUAUUUUUUCCAACACAUUAAUUUACAUACUUCAUAAUAUUUUUAUUUAUUUAUUACAUUUGGAUGUCCAUAUCUGACAAAUGUGGUGCAAGGUUGGAGUUUGUUGGCUCAGAUAAAUUGAUGUUAAAAUGUUAGAAAAUGAUAAUGAGGCAUAUUUGAAAUAAGAUAUGUACAAAUUAUAUGCUAGAUUAAUACAUGUAGAUCUAAUUUAUGUACAUCUUGUAAUUUUCGGGACAUUUAAUUUGGGUACCUGAAAUCAUUGUGUUAGAAAGUAGAAAUAAUGCGAUUUAAGGUAGCUCACUACACUAAAGCUUAUACUCUUUAUGACCCUAUGUCACAAGAUAGCGAUUUAAAAAUGUUUUGUGAAAUUAUUUGUAUCGAUCGAUUUGUUUGACUACCAUCGUAGCUCAGUGGUUAAAGCAUUGGGCUGGUGAACCGCAGAUUUCGAGUUCAAAUCCGCCAGUCAUUUGUUCAUAUGUGUUGAAAUAAUUUUUUUGAAAAUCAUGUUUUUAUCCAAAUUUGCAUAUUUUCUGCCUUUUUGGAAAAUAUACUUAUUAUAUAUCAUCAUAUCUUUUAUGAUUAAAUCAAUUCGUACUGAUUUGAGAAACCAUUUCAGAGUGUAGAGAGCCACCUUAAUUUGUUUCAGAACUACUGGGUUGUGGGAGGGGGGGGGGGAGAUGUAAAUAUUUGUUUUGUUUGUGGAUGAUCGGUGCGUUUUGUUAAAGACUUGGUGUUUUGAUAUUUAUUUUGGGCUGUGGCAAAUAAAGUUAAGAGGAUAACC